ACUCCAAAUUUUGUUAGAAGCGCGCCACCACUCGAAUACCAGAGCGCGUCCGAUCUUCCGAAUUUGAAUGAAACUUUUUGCGGACGAAAAUAUGUAAAUUGUUAGAAUACCUCGACUUGGAAAAGACCAAAGAAUCAUGGAAGACUUAAAUGACACAAUGAGCAACAAUGACAACACGACAUUGGACGCUUUUUACUAUUACAAGACGGAACAAUUGACAGUAUUAUGGAUCCUAUUCAUCGUCAUUGUGGCCGGAAAUUCCGGAGUCAUGUAUGCCUUGUUGUUCGGUCGACCCCGGAAAAGCCGCAUGAACUUUUUUAUCACAAAUCUCGCUUUUGCAGAUUUGACAGUUGGACUGAUCAACGUAUUGACUGAUAUUGUAUGGAGGUUCACUCUAGGUUGGUAUGCUGGGAAUGUUGCAUGCAAGAUAGUUAAAUUUUUACAGUGUGUAGUGACAUACGCAUCGACUUACGUCCUUGUUGCUCUGAGCAUCGAUAGAUACGAAGCCAUCAGAUACCCCAUGAAGUUCUCUGGGAGCUGGAAAAGAGCAAAAUGCCUGAUAAUAACAGCGUGGCUUUGCAGCGUCUUACUUUCCACGCCUAUUCUAAUCCUGUUUAAGGAGGAAUCAGUUCAGGGCGAAAUGCAAUGUUGGAUAAAUUUGGAUGCUCAAUGGAAAUGGCAGUUGUACGUGACCCUUGUUAGCGUAUCGGUGUUCAUCAUCCCUGCUUGCAUAAUCACAGCAUGCUACGCGAUCAUUAUUAUAACAAUUUGGACCAAAAGCAACAACGAUGCCUUUCAUAGGGCGAAAAAAAACACGCCUGGCGGACGUUGCAUGGGCAUUGACGACUCCAAAAGGGCCAGCUCACGUGGACUAUUUCCGCGCGCGAAAAUAAAAACAAUAAAAAUUACGUUUGUCAUUGUAAGCGUUUUUAUAUUAUGCUGGAGCCCCUAUAUAGUCCACGAUCUGCUACAGGUGUUUGACGUCAUAAAACAAACUCAAACAAACAUUGCCAUAGCUACUUUUAUACAGAGUUUGGCACCCUUGAAUUCAGCGGCCAAUCCCAUCAUAUACUGCAUAUUUUCGACACAUUUUUGCAGAAAACUUAGGAUGAUACCUCCGUUCAAGUGGAUUUGCGGCCGUAAAAGUCGUUCCUUGGACUACACAGAAACAACCAAAAGCAGCAGUAUUUCAGAGUUUCUGACGAAUUCGACGCAUCACAAAAAAAGAUCAGAAAAUAUUUGUCUAUCAACAACCCAUUCAGUAUUAUUGCAUUAGGCGAAAAAUCAGUGUCGUCAACUAUGAAUCUAGUCCUUAAGGUUGUAGUCUAGGAAAAUUAGUCAUGAAUUUGUUUUUUUUGCAAAUAUCUCGAAAGCUUUCAAUUUUUCGACAAUAAACAUAGGGUAAUAAAUUGUAGACCAUUUCAAAAACUACAAUUCAUUACGAAACAUAUAUUGCCGAAAAGUCCAGCGUUAUCGAGAUAUUUGCCAAAAACCGCGACCUUUCUAUCGAUGUAAAACAUGCCAAAUUUUCCCAGACUUUUAUUUAUAAAUGUAUUUAUUUUUAAU